AUGGACUCGUUCAGAGAUUCCCCCUUUGGGCAGCUCAUUCGCCUGGUGACGCGCAACAAGGUCUUGCUCUAUCCCGAGGAAAGACCGGACUUCAUCCUGCCAUGGCAAAAGGCUGCCAAGGAAGCAGAUAUCACCACUGACAGCACGCGCAAUAACUCGGUUGCACCCGGUUCCAACGACAACGACAACAACAAUGCUACCGCUCUCCCGCAUCUCGCUCUUCCUGCAGACGAGAGCAAUCUGGGCACCAACGGAGAACCGGUCGAGUCGAAUACUCUGUCGAGAAACACAACCAUCACAAGGACUCGAACGCGAGAGCAGACGAUGCCCUGGACGACGGACCGAAUGGAAGUCGAGCAGCAGGAGGCCAUCGAGCGCCAACAAAGCCAAAUCAUCAUACCCCAAAAGACAGAAGACGGCGUCAUCCUGGUCGACUGGUACACCACCGACGACCCCGCGAAUCCGCAAAACUGGCGACUGAGCAAGAAAAUCUGGGUGACGUGGGUGCUGUGGGCGUACACGUUUGUCGUCUACUGCGCCUCCGCCAUCUACGCGCCCGCCGAGCUAGGCGUGAUGCAGGAGUUCCACGUCGGCAUCCCCAAAGCUGCUCUGGGACUGUCGAUGUACGUUCUCGGGUAUGGAUUCGGGCCCUUGCUCUUCUCGCCGCUCGCCGAGAUUCCCUCGCUCGGCCGCAACAUCCCGUACAUCACCUCGUUCACGCUGUUCAUCAUCCUCAACGUUCCCGCCGCUCUGACGCCCACCUACGCCGGGCUACUCGUGACUCGAUUCCUCACUGGCUUCGUCGGCUCGCCGUGUCUAGCUGCCGGAGGUGCAACGAUUCAAGACAUGUAUUCCUUCCUAGCUCUGCCGUAUGGCUUCGCAGCAUGGACGGCAGCCAUCUUCGUCGCGCCCGCCUUGGGUCCACUGCUCUCAGGCUUCAGCGUCGUCGCGCUUGGUUGGCGAUGGAGUCUCUACGAAGUGCUCUUGAUGACUGCACCUGUCGCAGUAAUGCUGUGGCUUGCCUUCCCGGAGACCUCUGCAGCCAACAUCCUGCUGCACCGAGCGCAACGCCUGCGAAAGCUGACGGGCAAUCCCAGCUACAAAUCGCAAUCGGAACUCGAUCAGGCGAAUAUGACGACGCGGCAGGUGGCCACAAAUGCUCUGGCUAAGCCGCUGCAGAUCAUGUUUCUCGACCCCGCGGUCUUCUUUGUCAACAUCUAUACCGCCUUCAUCUAUGGCGUGUACUACUCGUUCUUCGAGGCUUUCCCGCUGGUCUAUAUUGACAUUUAUGGUUUUUCCCUCGGCAUUCAGGGUGUCGUGUUCGUGAACAUCGUGGUAGCAUGCAUCAUCGGCAUCGCCAUCUUCUUCGCCUACGUUCACUUCUACCUGAACCCCGACAUCCGCAAACGCGGCCCUCGCGCACAAGAACACCGCCUCGUGCCCGCCAUCUUCGCCUCCUUCCUCCUCCCCAUCGGCCUCUUCAUCUUCGCCUGGACAUCGCGGCACGACAUCACCUUCAUCGCCUCCGUCAUCGGCAUCGCCACCUUCGCCACCGGCGGCUUCAUCCUCCUGCAAUGCGUCUUCAUCUACCUGCCCCUCACGUACCCGCAGUACGCGGCGAGCCUGUUUGCCGCCAACGACUUGUUCCGCUCGUGUAUCGCCGGCGGCUCGAUUAUCUUCGCGCACCCGUUGUAUGUCAAUCUCGGCAUUGGGCCGGGCGUGUCGUUGCUGGCGGGGCUUUGCGUUGGCGGUGUUAUUGGGAUUUGGGCGUUGUGGUUUUACGGGGCGAAGUUGCGGGCGAGGUCGAAGUUUGCGAUGGCUUGA